AUGGCCCAAGGCAAAAAGAUUCUUUUAAUGGCACCCGGAGUGCAGGGCUUUAAGGAGAACUGCUUGUUUCUGCUUUGUUUUCCCGUGUUUGUUUUGUUGAGAUUUUCCUCUGGUCCAUUCUUCUUCACCUGUGGGAAGGUGAGGAGCAGAGGGAAUCAUGGGAAAGCAAGGACCCUGCCAUCAUUGCGGAGUCACAAUGUUCAAGAGAAAUCUGUGGAUACGGUUGAGGUUAGGGUCUUUCCCUAUAAAAUUCUGAACGUGACGAACGGUUUAUCCCAUCUUGUGCCAGCAGCAUUAUAUGGUCUGAACUUUGUUCAACUAUCACUACAGCAAAAUGCUCCUUUGAAGUGGCUAUCAGCACUCAGUACUCCCCUUUGGCGAAAUGGGCCACCAGAUAAGCCAGUGCUCUGCAAUGCAUGUGGCUCGAGAUGGAGAACAAAGGGUUCAUUGGCAAACUACACUCCAAUGCAUCGCAAGGAUGAUGAUGAACCUAGAGUUAGUAGGCUGAAGCCACCAACAUCAAAGUCAAAGUCCCAGAAGAAAAAAUCAAAUCACAUCAUAAUGGAGAAUGGGCCAUUUUCUGGUCAGAAUUUCCAAAAGAUGGGGGGUGCUGACCCAAGCAAUUGGUCUAGUUCUGGAUCUGCAGUAUCAUACUCUGAGAGUCGUGUUGCUGAAAUGACUGGUUCAGCACAAUCACAUGCUUGGGAAUCCCUAGUGCCAUCAAGAAAGAGGAGCUGUGUCACUCGUCCGAAGCCUUCAUCUGUAGAAAAGCUUGCAAAAUAUCUUAACUCCAUCAUGCAUGAAGAGCAGUUAUACUACCUUUCAGGAUCAUCAGAGGAAGACCUACUGUACCAUAGUGAAACUCCUGUUGGUUCAUUUGAGAUUGGCUCUGGAAGUGUGCUUCUAAGGCAUCCGAACUCAAAAUCACUGGAGGAAGAAUCAGAAGCAAGCUCCAUUCCUGCAGAUAAUAAAUCAUACAUUACAAGUGAAUCCUAUUCAGGGUCUGUGUCGUUUGUCUCUCAUAGUGGAAACAAGGCAGCAAUCAACUUAAAUGCUGCAACUGUGAGACCAAAAAGGUCACUUCUGCGUAUUGAAGAUAAUGGUAGAAGGGAUAAACUUCAUUAUGAAAAUCAACAUAUCCUGGAGAGUGUUGAUUCACCUUUAGUUUCAGCAGAUUUAGAGGAAAAGGAAAUUAAGGAAACAAGAGGAGUGGAGAAUAUCAGUGGAUCAAAAGGCUUUACCAAGUCUACCAUAAAACCAGUCAAAAGAUCCCGUGACGACAACCACUUUCAGAGCGACUCAGAUGGUACCAUGAGGAGUCCUAUAAGAGUUCUAAAAUCUGGAGCUUUGACGACUCAAUUUAAAAACUCAUCUUUGCCAAAAUCUGGCUACGCCACCAAAGAUUCAACUUGCACUGGAGGAGCACUUAACUUAUUCAUGUUACCCCCAGAAAAGUUAUCAUUAUUUGUCCCUCCUCAGUAUGCCAACUCUGAUCAAGACUUGCUGCUGGAGAUUCCUCUCAAUGCACGGCACCCAGAGGCAGAACUUCUUUGUCAGCCAUCUCAGCUGAGCUCAAUAACCCACAUCUCCACCUCUGUGGGUGGGGUUGCUGAAGGGGAGGGGCAUCUGAAGCAACCAUAG